GCGUUUGUGUCCUGUUCACGAUGGAGUUCUACCAGCUCGCGCUCCUCCUCCAUGCGCAUUAUGUAACCUCCCAGCGAAUGAACGUCGGUCACGCCAAUCGCACCCCGCUCACGCCCUUCAUGGAGGUUCCUGGCACCUGCGCAACGGCCGGCGGUGGGCAGGGUAGCUACGAGGAGGUGUGGGGCAUCACCAAGGAGGAGUGCGCUCUCGACUGCUACGGCUGGGUCGAGUGCGUCGGGUUCGAGUUUUCCGCUCUCAAGUCGUCGCAGCUGUACUACAAGUGCGAGAAGCACAAGGAGCUGAUCACGCACAGCCUGCCCGUCAAGAGCACCGAGUGCUACAUCCGCGACGAGCCCGCCAUGCUCGCCGCCUUCAAGGGCGCGCGCGGGAAAUUCGCCUCUAGACUCGAUCCGCCGCCGUCGCCGCUGUCGCCGCCGCCGCUGGCUCUGCCGCCGCCUGGGCCGGCGGCGCUCUGGCGGGCGGGGCCCUCGAGGACGUGCGGCGGGUUCGCCAGCGCGUCCGGCGCCGCGGAGCUCACGCCGGCGGCCGGUCCCGACCUCUCCGAUUGCGACCUGAGAGGGGCGAUGGGCGCGUCCUUUGUGGGAUCCAACCUCGAGUUCACCUCGUGGAGAGCCGCCGAGCUCAUCGGCGCCGACCUGAGCC